CCAUGAAACUUCUAUCACUGCUACUAUUGUGUGUUUUUAUAGCUAAGUCCCACACUGCCACAGACUACGAAGAUGAGGAGUUCCCUGGCGCAGUUCCGCCUUCAGUGGGUGCCCGCGGUCAUCGACCCCUUGACAAGAACAGGGAAACGGCUCCCAGCCUGAGGCCUGCCCCACCUCCCAUUAGUGGAGGUGGCUAUCGGGCCCGUCCAGCCAAAGUAGCUGCCGGCCAAAAGAAAGUGGAAAGGAAAGCCCCCGAUGCAGGGGGCUGCCUUCAUGCCGAUCCAGAUCUGGGAGUACUGUGUCCUACUGGAUGUCAGUUACAAGAUACUUUGGUAAAACAGGAAAGACCAGUUAGAAACAGUGUUAAUGAGCUACAUAACGAUGUGGAGUCUGUCUCCCAGACCACUUCUUCCACCUACCGGUACAUUACUCUGCUAAAAGACAUGUGGAGAAACAGGCAGAAGCAAGGAAAAGAUAAUGAAAAUGUAGUUAAUGAAUACACCUUAGAGUUAGAAAAGCACCAAUUGUAUAUAGACGAGACUGUGAAUAGUAAUGUUCCAACUAACCUCCGUGUGCUCCGUUCAAUCCUGGAAAACCUGAGAAGCAAAAUACAAAAGUUGGAAUCGGAUGUCUCAGCUCAGAUGGAAUACUGUCGCACACCGUGCACUGUCAGCUGCAACAUUCCCGUGGUGUCUGGCAAAGAAUGUGAGGAAAUUAUCAGGAAAGGAGGUGAAACGUCUGAAAUGUAUCUCAUUCAGCCUGACAGUUCUAUCAAACCAUAUAGAGUAUACUGUGAUAUGAACACAGAAAAUGGAGGAUGGACAGUAAUUCAAAACCGUGAAGACGGUAGUGUCGACUUUGGCAGGAAAUGGGAUUCAUAUAAACAAGGAUUUGGAAAUAUUGCAGCCAAGGCAGAUGGCAAAAAUUUCUGUGGCCUACCAGGUGAGUAUUGGCUUGGAAAUGAUAAAAUUAGCCAGCUUACCAAAAUGGGACCCACAGAACUUUUGAUUGAAAUGGAAGACUGGAAAGGAGAUAAGGUGAAGGCCCUCUAUGGAGGAUUCACUGUGCAGAAUGAGGCCAACAAAUACCAACUCUCAGUGAGUAAGUAUAAAGGAACAGCUGGCAAUGCCCUCAUGGAUGGAGCUUCUCAGCUAGUGGGAGAGAACAGAACCAUGACCAUUCACAACGGCAUGUACUUCAGCACGUAUGACAGAGACAAUGAUGGCUGGAUAACUACAGAUCCAAACAAACGGUGUGCUAGAGAAGAUGGUGGUGGAUGGUGGUAUAAUAGAUGUCAUGCAGCCAAUCCAAAUGGCAGAUACUACUGGGGUGGAACUUACAGCUGGGACAUGGCAAAACACGGCACAGAUGAUGGAGUAGUUUGGAUGAACUGGAAGGGCUCAUGGUAUUCAAUGAAGAAGUUGUCUAUGAAGAUCAGACCCUUCUUCCCACAGCAAUAGUCCCCAAAACAUAGAUUUGUAUUCUAUAUGUGACAACAGUUUUGUACAUUAUUUUGUACAUUAUGUUAUUGGAGUUUUCUUUCAUGCAUUACAUCCCACAAAAACUGUCAAAAGAUUGUGAGUGUGACUUUUUGGAAAAGGUAUUUAGGAAAAAUGGUAUUAAAAAUAGUACAGAACUUUCUUUUGUAGUUUUCAUUUUCAUUGCUCACCAGGAAGAAACUAAAACUAAAAGGGUAAGUGUG